AUGAACGAGGGGCAGAACAAUUUGUUUACUUGCUCCAGAGCAACAACACUUUUGCAUCUGCUACCCGAUCCGCCAUCCCACUCGCACCUCCUUACACACGACGCAUGCACGCACGCGCAAACCAUACAUCUUUACUCGAAUUCGUCGCGCAACAGCUUGCUUCUAUCCCCGCGACUCGCAAUUAACUCCCACUGUUCAGCUCCCUCCUACCAUGUCGCAAGACACCGGCCUGUGGAGUGUGCGCAGACCAAGAGAAGUCAGCAUUUUCCUCAAUAUCAGCCUACAUUAGGAGGCAUUAACUACAACACCGGCCUACCUCAAACCGCAUCAGCGAUGAAGCGAUCCGCCUCAGGCGUCGGCACGGGCGCGCCCUACUCAAACAGUCAUGGCCGAUCCAUGUCCGGCUCCAGACAAUCUCUGGCAUUAUCGCGACCUAGCCAGCCCAUGUUCCAGCGCUCAUCAUCCGGAACGAACUUGGCAGACAUUGGCCUGUCCUCAGUGAAGCGAACAUCAUCGAUGCGCGACAAGUCCUUUGCCCCGACGCCUGCACCAGGACGAUCUUCACAAGACGAUAGAAGGAGCAGCGUGUACCGCGCAAGGACAUCAACCGCCGGACCCAUGAGCCACCAGAGUUUCUUCCAGCAAGCACCACAGCCUGCUGGCGUACCACGAGACCCCCGCCCGCUGCGAGACAGAUCCUACCAGGCUAGAAUAGGACAAGAGCUGCUGGAUUACCUCGCCCAAAACAACUUCGAAAUGCAGAUGAAGCACACCCUAUCGCAAAACAUUAUCAAGUCCCCUACACAAAAGGAUUUCAACUUCAUGUUCCAAUGGCUGUACAGACGGAUUGACCCGAGCCACAAGUUCCAAAAGAACAUCGACCAAGAAGUGCCGCCUAUCUUGAAGCAGCUGCGGUACCCGUACGAGAGAAGCAUCACAAAGAGUCAGAUUGCCGCUGUUGGUGGUCAAAACUGGAGCACUUUCCUGGGAUUGCUGCAUUGGAUGAUGCAGCUGGCGCAGAUGCUGGAUGGCUACGCCUGUAGUCGAUACGACGACGCUUGUCUCGAAAGCGGCAUCGACGUCACCGGGGAUCGUAUCAUUUUCGACUUUUUGAGCAAGGCAUAUAGGGACUGGCUUGCCAUGGACGAGGACGCAGACGACGACGAUGCCAACCGAGCACUAGCCCCUCAUAUUGAAAGGAUGGCCGCCGCUUUCGAGCAGUCCAACUCCAAGUACACCUCCGAACUUGAAAUGCUCGAGGCAGAGAACAGCCGACUUUUGCAAGAAAUUGAAGAUCUUGAAAAGUCUACACCGGAUCCCGCGGUACUCGACAAUCACUUCAGGAUCAUGGAAGAGGACAAGAUCAAGUUCGAGGAGUACAAUGCGCUUGCCAUGCAGAGAUCCGACAAGUACGAAACCCGAAUCAACGUUCUACACGAAGAGCUUGAUAAGCUCAAUGAGGAGCUAAGAGAGGUAGAGGACGAACGACGAGGACUUCAAAAGGCUGUGGACGAUCUCGGCAUCAGCAUGCAGGAUAUCGACCGCAUGACUGCUGAGCGGGAACGUCUUCAGAAGGGAAUCGAGUCGGCAUCGCAAAGAUUGGAGGACGUCAAGAAGAAAGUCGCCGAAAAGGAGAUGGAGGCGAGCAGGAGAUUGGACGAACUCGAGAGAAUGGUAGACAGAUACAACACUUUGGCGUAUCAGAUUGCGCUUAUACCUGCAACCGCAGUCAACGCUAACGGCAGAGACUACGAAUUGCAAGUAACGGUCAACGAUGGACCGGACUUCAGCUCUUCCCAAUUGAAGGGCUCUAGCGGCGUUUCUUCAAGCGACCGAUUGCUUGCUGACCCUGUUACUGGUUACCAAGCCGCUCACAUUCUCAACCUCGACUUGCGCGGACAGGUCAAGAACAGUUUCCUCACGCUCAGAAAGGAGAUUUCCGAAAGGAGAACCAUUGCUAUGGACAACAUGAUGAAGGAUCAUGAUUUGCUCGAUGGCAUCAAGGAGGCAAUCGAAGACAAGCGUAACGAAGUUGAGGCUCUGGAGCAUCGUGUCCGCGCUGCUGAAGAAGAAUAUGAGAAGACCAAGGAGGUAACAACGACACAAAAGAUGGCGUCUGAUGCCCAGAUCGAGAAGAUGGAAAAGGAGCUUGCCAAGAUGCGAGCCACUUUGUCAGAGUCGGUACAGCUGAUGGAGCAACGUGAGAUGAACACCAGCAUCGAAUACGAACAGCUCGUGCUUCGUGCCAACUCCCUGCGAGAAGAGCUGCACACAGAGAUUGACCGCAUGCUCAACGAUGUCAUCAAAUUCAAGAUUCACGUACAAAAGAACCUUGACGACUACGAGGGUUUCGUGGCCGAUGAGGUUCAGGCAGAGUUGGGCAGCGAGGAAAUGGGCGACGACACACGGAAUAUCAACAUGGCUUGCUUUUGUUCUUGUUUCUCAGAUACCAUGAUGACGGAUAAUGACGGCGACAGGGACUUCACAGUCUCGAUGAAUUUGAACUUGUUUACUGUUUUUUUGACUUUUUUGUACCUCUAUGGCUUGAUUUGGUUUUUGAAGACUUCCAGCUAUCUCCGCCUCGAGACGCAAAGGUUGAUGGAAGGAUACAAAAGGCGAGUUGACAACCUGAUGGGAUUGCUCAUGGCACACUAUCUGUACGACAUCAUAGCCACCAUAUCUCACAUUCUCAAACCCCAUUCCGCAGCUAUCAUGAACUUCCUUACACCGACAAACCACCAACAACUCCCCCUGCCAAACAAACCAGCGACAAAUCCCGACGCCGCAGUCUGGGAAUCAGCAAUCCUCGCACUACGCCGACAAAGCAGCAUUCCACUCUUGGACAAAAAGGUGCAAACAUGGCGCGACGGGUUUGAAGAGGCAGAGUACCGGGACGUCCACCAUCUCGUCCAGGAGCACCGCUUACCACGGGACGCAACACGGCAAAUCCAAAGCUGGCUACGGGAGGCCCGUACGUUGGAGACCGAGGCAAAGAAUUGCGGACAUAAACCUACAAGGAUCCUGUACGCUGGUAUUGUGCAGGACUGCGAGGCGGAACUGCAUUGUCUUCGGAACCAGUUCGUCAUCAAGACGUUUCGGUUUGAGCGUAUUCCGCAUAACCUUGCGAAAUUACGGCGAUGGAUUGGUCGUAGCGAGGAGAAUCCAGCAACAAGUACCACGGGAGUUUCUCUAAAUACUACCACGAUUGAAAAUAAACCGUUAGGAAGGACCAUAUCGCUUCCAUCCCUCGGCAAACCGCGACCGCUCAGCCUUGAGCUCGUAAGGGGAGCCAUGGAAAUACCAGACGAGAUCGACGGCCCGGACGCAAUGGACGACGAGAACGAAGAACAAGAAGAGGAAAAAACAAAGAAGACGGAAGAUUACACCUGCUCUGACCAAGAGUGGGCUCAUUGUCUGGAAGACUGGAGUCGACGCCAAGAAGACUGGGCUCAACAACAGGAAGACUGGGCUCGCCGCGAGGAGGAGCAGGAGAGCCAGCGGCUGCAGCUGGCGAUGAGAUACAAGUACCCGGUCAACAUGCGCCGAGCCAAAACACAGUACUUGCGGGCCAUGGAGAGGCAGGAGUGGGAGCAGGAGAAGGGGGUGUGCGACUUUGCUGGUCAUGAUCGUUUCUCGUGGGCCUCGGUGUAG